AAUGAUAUUUCUGAAAACAUUAUUGUCCGGGCAUUCAAAAAAUAUGGCAUUUCUAAUUGUUUGUCAAGAAAUGAAGAUGAUUUGAUCUAUGCUGAUGAGAAUGAAGAAAAUUCAAAUAAUAAUGAAUUGGGUGAAAACAGUGAAAGUGAAGGAUCUAGUAAAAAUAAAAAAUCCGACAAAAAUAAAAAAUUUGACAAAAAUGAAGAAUCUGACAAAAAUGAUGAAUUUGAUG